GACUGCGACGUACUAGGAAGAUUUAAAAUUAAAGAUUAAAGGCUGCUAGAUGUCGAAACGGAAGGCGCAAACGACCUCCAAAGAUCCAAUUGGGGAUAAGGAUAUUCUACAACGGCGAAUUAUUUCCAACCCAAAGUAUCAAUAUGUAAAGGGAGUUGUGGAGACGGGCUACACCGUCGAGGUCGCGGAGUUCAUCCGCAACCAGACCAUCCGGCUCAAGCGGCAGCCAGGGGAGCUCUUCCAGCGUCUUCGCACGAGUACAGUAGCGAACAAUCUGCGCAGGCAGUACCUGCCCUCAUUUCUUCCCCCCAUGGCGGAUGGUGGCUAUGCUAAACCGAUGGAUGAAUACGGCGGCUCGCUUGGGAUUCUAACAAAUGCCGAUAAGCAAUAUAAUAAAACCGACCUUCUUAUGUUAGACUGCCGUAGUGUGGAAGAAUAUGAUAAAUGCCAUAUCCUUGGGGCCUUUCAUUACCCAAAGACCCGUUUGAAUCACGCGAUGUGUCCGUUCCUACCGGAGAUGUACACCUACAAGAAUAAGAUCGGAAAGUACAUUGUAGUGUAUGACUUUGACGAAUCCAUAGCGGUGGAGGUAGCAAACACAAUAUGUGAAAAAGGGAUCGACAAUAUUGGCAUGAUUGCUGGCGGAAUGCGUGAAUUCUUGUAUGACUAUAGCAAUUUAAUCGUUGGUGAGCCACCAGAGUUGAUCGCUCCGCGGGAUACCACUCUUCAGCGUAGGGCAGAUGAGAUCACAUUGGCUCGUAGCGAAGCAAGGAGUAUUUUUUCGCAUAAGCCAAAGAGUUUGUGCAAUAGUCUUGCCAAAGGGCGUGCGCGACGAAUAUGAAACCUACCCCUGUGCUUUUUUCAUCAAAACACAAAUGUAGAGUGGAAAAAGUGGUAUUACAAAUUGACGCCGCGUUGCUUCUUCGAUUAUGUGCGUUCCAAUGCACUCAGAAUGGUUUAGUGUGGAAGAUGCACGUAUAGCUAAGCAUAAUACCUUAGCGGAAAACUUUUCCAUAAAUUUUUUUCUAUUUUCUUACUAGAUACCCACGUUUUGUUGAUUUCAAUUCCCCGUGUUGAUAUCUAGCUGAGCUGCUAAGUUAUUACUACUGAUAUUAUUACCUUUUAGACUACAUCGGUAGCUUUAGCAAAUGCUUUUUUCCUGCCUUAUCUUAGAACUACUUAAUCUGCGGGAAAAAUACAGAUGCCAAGUCAUAGCGUAUGUACAUGCUUUAUUGCAGAAAGGACUAUAAUAAGCCCUUGUCUAGAGCAUUAUUAUUUUCAUCUCUUCUGUAUUAUUUUUACUCAAGAGUAGGUAAUGUGUUUAAAAUGGUUUUUCAUGAUCUGUAAGUUUAUUGAAGUAAAAUUAUUUAUAUAUGGGAGUUGGAGAUUUCCCUUUUGAAAUAACUACUAUAGAAUAUAUACAUGCGUAUAUAAAUACAUUCAUGUAUAUAUAUAUGCAUAUGUAUA